AUGGAUGAAAAUUUAUACGAUAAAUUUGAUGCAAGCUUACAUACAAAUAAAAAUAAUGAUAAUGAAAAGAAUAUAUCAUAUGAAGAUAGUAAUAGCACCGAUUACUCCAUUUGUUCAGAAUUGUUAAAUAAUUGUGAUAAAAAUAAAAAAAGAAAAAUUUCUGCAUUUAAAAAUUUUAAGAAUGACAAUGAUAUUAAAAUUGGGGUAAAAAUAGCUCUUCAACUUUUAUUAAACAAUCAGCCGUUUCCAGUCAAAAGAGAAGAUUUAUUCUCUACUAUUAAUAUUUACGUUCCUAAUUGUAAUAACAACUUUAAAAAAAAAAUAAUUUUAAAACUUUUAAAAAAACAAGUUAAUGAUAUUUUAGCACUGAAGUUAUUAACUUUAAGUAGUAAAACAAAAAAUGAAUAUGUAUUAUCACAAAACAUUUUAUAUGAACCACAUAAUGAUUUUUUAUUAUCUAAUUUAGAUCAUAAUAUAAGAGGAUUUUUAAUAUUUCUUAUUCCUUUUUUUAAAGUUUUCCAUAAUAAAAUACCAUUAAAUUACUUAUUAUUUGAAUUAGAAAAUGUUGGCCAUAAAACAUUAAAAACAAAAGAAGAAAUAAUAAAAAAUUUAACAACUCCUAGUCUUUUUACAAAUAUUAAAAAUAAUAUAUUAAUGAAUGAAAUUAUAGAACCAUUGGAUUAUAUAAUUUAUGCUAAAAAAUUAUCUUAUAUAGAUUUUUACAAUGAUCAGUAUGAUGAAAAUUCUCUUGAUGGUUUUUAUUGUACACCUACAAUUAGAUAUGAAUAUGAAAUUAAUAUGAAAAAUUACAUAAAAGAACUUUUAAAAAUUCCCAAUAAAAAAUAUCACUUAAAAGACAUGUAUGCUUUAUUUGAAGAAAAAUAUUUCUUAGAUGUAAAUUGCGAUAAUUUAUAA